UUUUGAACGGCACCUAAAUGAGUGGAUAAAUACGCUCUGCCUCACUAUUUGCAAUCAUUCACCCUACUUAUUUUUUUUCUCCAAGGCUCAAAUACCAUCAACACAACCAUUCAAAAAGUUGCACUAAAUAUACUUGUUCUUAUUUCUUGAAAAACAUAUUAUUGCUUCUUAGUUUUCUCGCAAUGGUUUCAGAUGUUCUACAUAAGAUUGUAUCCACAAUAAGCAACCAAUGGACAUGGUGGUGGGAUGCUGGGAACAAGAAAGACGAGAUCGCUCGAGCAGUUCUCACCAUCUCAAUUCUGCUACUGCCCAUCUUCUACUACCGAUGGACAUUUCUCAAGUCAAGAAACCGGAUUACAGCUCCCUUGCCACCUGGACCCCGUGGCUUGCCUAUGGUCGGAUACCUCCCGUUUCUAGGCACAAACUUGCACCAACAAUUCGCGGAAUUAGCUCACCAAUAUGGCCCAAUCUACAAGCUAUGGUUGGGGGGAAAACUGUGUGUCGUGUUAAACUCGCCGUCUCUAGCAAAAGAGGUCACUCGUGAUAAGGACACGGUUUUUUCCAACCGUGACCCUCCUAUUGCAGCAUUAGCUGGCACAUAUGGAGGAGUCGAUAUCGCGUGGUCUCCAUAUGGCUCCUACUGGCGCACCAUGCGUAAACUGUUUGUCAGAGAGAUGCUGAGUAAUACCAGCUUGGAGGAUACUUACAAUCUGAGAAGAGACGAGGUCAAGAGGACCAUCAGAGAGUUGCAUAGCAAGAUUGGCACGGCGGUGGAAGUCAGUGAAAUAACGUUUCUGACAGAGCUUAACGUGGUAAUGAGCAUGUUGUGGGGGAGCACGGUUGAUAGCCAGAGGGAUGAUAGCAUUGGGAUCGAGUUUCGAGCCGUGAUAUUAAAAAUGGUCGAGCUACUUGCGAAGCCAAACAUGUCGGAUUUCUUCCGGAUUCUUGCAAGGUUUGACGUGCAGGGAGUGGAGAGGGAAAUGAAGAGAUUGUUGCAAUGGGUUGAGCGAAUUCUUGAUCCUAUAUUAGAGGCACGGAUGAAAAUAAGUAGAGGAGAGGGAGAUCAGGAGGAUGGAUUGAAGAGAAAAGGAAAGAAGGAUUUUAUACAGAUCCUUUUGGAGCUGAAGGAGCAGGAAGACGUUUCAGUGCCAAUUACUCUGCAACAAAUUAAGGCCAUGUUGCUGGACAUUGUGGUGGGCGGAACGGACACUACUGCAACCACGGUGGAGUGGGUGAUGGCAGAGCUGAUACAUAAACCAGAGAAGAUGAAAAAAGUCCAAGAAGAAUUAUCAGGCAUCGUAGGUCUGGACAGCGAAGUAGAAGAAUCCCACUUGCCCAAAUUACACUACUUGGAUGCAGUCUUAAAGGAAACGUUCCGACUGCACCCUCCCCUCCCUCUCCUAGUCCCCAAGCGUCCAAACCAAUCGUCCAUAGUCGGCGGAUACACUAUACCGAAGGAUACCCGAGUAUUUUUGAACGUUUGGGCGAUGCAUAGAGAUCCUGAGGCUUGGGAUGAUCCGUCCGAGUUCAAGCCUGAGAGGUUCUUGAGUGAUGCUAGCAAAUGGGAUUACCAUGGAAACAACUUUCAGUUUCUUCCAUUUGGAUCGGGGAGGAGAAUUUGUGCUGGAAUCCCACUGGCUGAGAAAAUGGUUAUGUAUGUGUUGGCUUCACUUUUACAUUCAUUCAAUUGGAAACUACCGGAGGACGAAGAGCUUGAUCUUUCUGAGAAGUUUGGGGUGGUUAUGAAGAAAAGCAAACCUCUGAUUGCCAUCCCCACACAAAGGUUAUCUUGCUUGAAGUUUUAUGAAUAAUACAAAAAAAGUACGUUUUUUUUUUUGCCCUGUUAGCUCGUUGAGGUAUGCAACUGUUGGGUUAUAUGUCAAACACUGUACCAGACUUUAUUCGUGUCUCCAAUUCUGCUGCCAAUUUCAGUUCGGAAAUGAAUGCCAAAGCUCUUGGACUUGA